AUGAAGAGCCUUCCUUCCUACUACUUGUUGCUCCUCAUUGCUGUGGCGACACUGCACGGCAAUGCAUAUGCUUCCCAAGAGGCAAGGCUGAGAGAGUUCAUCUCUUCUAGGAAGGACACUGACAGCAGCACUGACACGUUUAGCGUGCGUAGCAUAGCCGAGAGGGGCGCUGGCAGCCUGGGCGCAGAGAGCUCUGCCUCUGACCAGCGCUCCAUGAAGGCGGCCAACAAGGUCACGGCGUUGCCCGGGCAGCCGGAGGGCGUCGACUUCGACCAAUACGGUGGGUACGUGACCGUCGACGAGGAGAACGGCCGCGCCCUCUUCUACUAUCUCGUCGAAUCGCCUUCCGGUGCCUCUGACAAGCCACUCGUCUUGUGGCUCAACGGAGGGCCAGGAUGCUCGUCGCUGGGCUACGGCGCAAUGCAGGAGCUCGGUCCCUUCCGUGUAGCUGAAGACAACAAAACGCUCGGCAGAAACAUGCACGCCUGGAACAACGCGGCCAACGUGAUCUUCCUGGAGUCCCCCGCCGGCGUCGGGUUCUCCUACUCCAACACGUCUUCAGACUACGAUCUCAGCGGAGACGAGCGAACCGCCGCCGACGCGUACGUCUUCCUGGUGAAAUGGCUCGAGAGGUUCCCCGAGUACAAGGGCCGCGCUUUCUACAUUUCCGGCGAGAGCUACGCCGGCCACUACGCGCCACAGCUCGCCGUCACCAUCCUGCUCCACAACACGCACAACAACAGAACCAUAGUCAACCUGCAAGGCAUCUUGGUUGGCAACCCUUAUCUGGACGACAAGAGGAACAAUCAGGGGACGAUUGACUUCUUCUGGACCCACGGGGUGAUGUCGGACGAGGUCUACGCCAACGUCACCGAGCACUGCGACUCUGCAGGUAAAGCAUGCAGCGGCGCCUGGGACGCGUUCGACGCCGGCCAAAUUGAUGCGUACAACAUCUACGCCCCCGUUUGCGUCGACGCGCCCGACGGAGCGUAUCACCCCAGCGGCUACCUGCCUGGGUAUGAUCCGUGCAGCGACUAUCCUACCAUUGCCUAUCUCAAUGAUCCGGCGGUGCAGGACGCUUUCCACGCUAGGAUGACGGAGUGGUCGCCAUGCAGAAGCUUUAAGUGGAAAGACGCUCCAGUGACUAUGCUCCCAUCCAUCAAAUUCUUGAUCGAGAACAAGCUUCCCGUUUGGAUAUUCAGUGGUGACUUCGACUCCGUUUGCCCUCUUCCGGCGACGAGGUACUCCAUCCAAGACCUUGGCCUUCCUGUGACCACUCCAUGGCGCCCAUGGGUGGCAAAGGAGGAGGUGGCAGGAUAUGUCCAAGAGUACGCCGGUGGAUUGACAUUCCUAUCAGUGAGAGGUGCCGGUCAUCUUGUCCCGUCCUUCCAGCCUGAGAGGGCGUUGAUAAUGCUGACCUCUUUCCUGAAAGGGAUGCUCCCCCCUUACAUGCAAGACUAGUCAGUCAUGUCAAGACGAUUGCUACGGCACGAAAAUGGAAGGUUUAUUUGCUUAAUGUACUUGUAUCCGGUCAGAGCUGAAAAAGGUCCUUGUCCCUUGAGUGGACGUGUAUUUCUUGUUAAAUGACUUUAUGAUAUAACUUUGAAUAAUGAGAUUGCUAAAUUCGUGAGAUUUCACGCAGA